GUUGAAGUGAGUUGAAGAUAAUGUAACAUGUAUGGUGUGAGCCAUUGCAAGCCGGCUGUGUGGCUCUUAAUUUCUUCUGAAACUCUGCUGGUGGUGGUAUUUCAGUUGAAAGUACUAAAAACGUUAAGGGUAACGGUUGUCGCCACGUUGCUUAAUCUGUUACCUACAGGGACAUAAGAUACCGUCGUGCAUAUUACCAAUAUAGUAAACAUGCUUGCGAAGUAAGUGUAUGGAGAUUUGCUCAUACUGGCUGUUUUACUUUACAUUUCAAUGAGAGAGAUGUUGAUAGCAGUGGAACUUUAGAGGAUAGAAGAUCGUACAUCCUUUGCAAAUUUUAUACGAAUGGAUGUAUUGGUAUUUGAAGAACUGCUUUGUUUGGUUUCGCCUCUGAUUCAGAAGAAAGACACGGUGAUGCGUCAGGCAAUUACGGCCCGGGAAAGGCUUGCUGUCACACUGCGUUUCCUAGCGACCGGAAACAUUUACAAACAUUUGGCCUAUUCUACACGAAUAGCGAAAAACACGGCCAUAGCAAGUGUGUUUGGAGAUAAUGCGAUACAGGUACCCACAAGCAGAGGAGAGUGGGAGCAAAUUGCAGAGGAUUUCGAGAAGUGGAACUGUUAUAACACUAUAGGAGCAAUGGACGGAAAGCACAUACGUAUUAAAUGUCCACAAGCUAGUGGAUCUCACUUUCUCAAUUAUAAAUCCUUCAACAGUAUCAUUUUAUUUGCCAUGGUAGAUGCUUCCUACAAAUAUUUAUAUGUAGAUGUAGGAACUAAUGGGCGUGUUGGUGAUGCUGGAGUGUUUUCAAAAAGCAAACUACGUGAGUGUCUCAUUGACCGAUCUAUGCUCAACAUUUCUGAAGGCAGGAAGCUUCGGAACACAAACAUUACAACUCCAAUAGCAGUACUGGCAGAUGACGCUUUUCCUCUGAGUUAUAACAUUAUGAAGCCAUACCCCUUAAAAGGAAUCACAAAAGAAAAGGUUUUCAAUUACUGACUGUCACGAGGGAGAAGAUUAGUGGAGAGCAGCUUUGGCAUUCUUGCAAGUUGUUUCAGGAUUUUUCUUGCUACCAUUAAUCUGCCUCCUGAAAAAGUUACCACAAUAACACUGGCUGCCUGCACAUUGCACAACUUGUUAACUGAGAGAAGAAAACACUUGUACAUUUGUCAGGAAACAGUGUCUGCCGUAGUAGGAGACUGCACUUAUCUUGAGACACAAAGCACUGAGGACCUACAGCAAAUGGAACCAAUAGCUUGCCAAGCUGCUUCUGGACGUACAGUACGCGGGAGAG